AUGGCUGCUUCAAUAUCUUCAGGCGCUGACCAGAGUGCUCCCUUUACGCAGCCUGUCUGCCAAAACUGCCAGACGUCGACCACUCCUCUAUGGCGCCGCGACGAAGCCGGUUCCGUCCUCUGCAAUGCCUGCGGCCUGUUUCUCAAGCUGCAUGGCCGCCCGCGCCCGAUUAGCCUCAAGACAGACGUGAUCAAGAGUCGCAAUCGAGUCAAAACCUCGAGUCAAGGGCCAAAGAAGAAGUUUGAGCACAAUGGGGGCCAGCCUCCUCAGACCGACAGUCUCAAUGGUAUCAAUCCGCACCGGCGAGUUUCGCAGAUGGCAGGUUCGGCCUCUGAUAGAUCACACUCGCCCAUAUCGCGCACCGGAACCCCUACGGCUCACCAAGACCCGAACAUCGCCCCUCAACACCUCUUCGAUAGUGUAUCCGCCAUAGUAGAUCCUCACUACAACAAUCACAACGGCUCUCCCGCCGAUGCAGCUCUCCAUCCCAACCCCACGCAACCCUCUCCAAGCACGGCCCCCAUGAGCGAUGGCCAAAAACACGUCGAACCCCUCAUGAGUUAUGAUCAGCUGGCCGCCCUCAACACCCGGCUCCGCACGCGAGUCUCCGAACUCGAAGUCAUCAACAUGGUCUACCACGAUAACGAACAGAAUCUGUGCCGGGAACGGGACCGAGCCAUCCAAGAACGAGAAGAAUGGAAGCGCAAGGUCGAAGAGCUGCAGAGACGACUCCAAGAAGUUAAUAAUGAUGACCCAAGACACAUUGCUAAGAAGCCACGACUCUCCCAAGAACCAAAAGAAUGA